GCCAGAGCAGGGCUGAGCACAUCUCCCCCUUGAACUGAACCAUCACCAGCUUUUCACAAGACAACUGGGCCUAAGAGACACAGAGAGACCGUGUGACACAUCUGACAGAUCAGAGCUUGUGACAUCAGCUUGUGUAGCAUCUUUUGUUUUUCUAAUACUAUUAGAACACCUGAAAUACAAAAGUGGGACAGACCGGUGACUUGUCUGAAAAAAGUAUUGUGACACCUAAGAUACUCCUCAACAGACAGGCUCUGGACAACCCGAAAGUUACCAAAGAGACAGGACAAUCGAGACAGACUCUUUACACGAUUAGAAAAAAGACAUUAGACAAGUCACUUGUGCCACACCUAUAAUAUGCUAGAGAGGCACUUGUAGUGUGCAUUAGACUGACACCUUAGAGACAGACUUGUCCCACACCUGUAGUAUACUGGAGGUACAUUUAGCGUGUAUUAGAGAGACAGUCUUGUCCCACACCUGUAGUAUACUGGAGGUACAUUUAGCGUGUAUUAGAGAGACAGACUUGUCCCACACCUGUAGUAUACUGGAGGUACAUUUAGUGUGUAUUAGAGAGACAGACUUGUCCCACACCUGUAGUAUACUGGAGGUACAUUUAGUGUGUAUUAGAGAGACAGUCUUGUCCCACACCUGUAGUAUACUGGAGGUACAUUUAAUGUGUAUUAGAGAGACACAUGAGAGACAGUUUUGUCCCACACCUGUAGUAUACUGGAGGUACAUUUAGUGUGUAUUAGAGAGACACAUGAGAGACAGUUUUGUCCCACACCUGUAGUAUACUGGAGGUACAUUUAGUGUGUAUUAGAGAGACACAUGAGAGACAGACUUGUCCCACACCUGUAAUAUGUUAGAGAGGUAUUUGUAAUGUGUAUUAGAGAGACACCUGAGAGACUUGUAACAUACUAGACAGGUACUUGUAGUGUGCAGGAGACAGCUGAGAGACUUAUAACACACCUGUAAUAUACUAGAGAAGGACUUGUAGUGUGCAGGAGACAGCUGAGAGACAGGCUUGUGACACACCUGUAAUAUACUAGAUAGGUACUUGUAUUAUGCAUUAGAGAGACACCCGAGAGACUUGUGACACACCUGUAAUAUGCUAGAGAGGAACUUGUAGAGUGACAGCUGAGACACACCUAAAAGAUACCUGAGAAACAGAGCUGGGACACACUUGAGUCACACAGUACCUGAGUAAAACGUGUCUCUGGAACAAACACAUUCUACAGUCAUGGCUGAAUUUCCAUCUAAAGUCAGCACUCAGACCAGCACCCCAGAGGCUUCAAGGGGAAUAUCUGGUUUUCUGAGCUUUGAUGUUGACUUUGUCAGAUCCAUUCCUGGUUUACUGAUGAUCUUGGAAUUUGCUCUGGGUCUCCUGGUUUGGGCGCUAAUUGCAGAUACUAAUUACAGACAGUACAGCGCUUAUGGCUGGGUGAUGUUUGUAGCCAUUUUCUGCUGGCUUGUGACUCUCAUCCUGUUUGUGAUCUACAUGCUGCAGCUGCAGAGAAAGAUGACCAUCAUCCCAUGGCCUAUAGUAAUUCUUGGUUAUCACGUAGCAGCCACCCUCCUGUAUAUAACUGGAUUUAUCACCUGCGCAGCAUCCGUUCAAACAACAUCAAAAGUUACAGAAAGCUACAAUAAAAGAGCAGCUGCAUCGUUUUUUGCCUGCCUGGUAAUGAUCGCAUAUGGAGCAAGCACAUUCUUCAGUUUCAUGGCUUGGAGAGGAGGUGGCUCCAACGCUGCAUCAGCUCAGGCCUGAGAUUCUUGAAAGGACGUACUGGAUUUUUAAUGUAUAGAUUCACAUUUUUACUUUAUUUUUUAACUUUUUGCAAAUGUGUAUGUGCAGAUUUUAUUCAGUUCUCUGAGGAUUCCAGCAUACUUCAGAGGUGUCAACCUCAGAAAUCUCUAUACAUAUGACAUUGGGUGACAUCAGAAUGGUCUAACUGCUGAGUUGCUGUGUAGCUGAGCAUAUCUUGCUCCUCAUUUACAAGGAGAAUAAUGCAUUACGGAGCUGGCAUACAAUCAUUAAAUAUGGAUCUCAAAAGCCAAAUAAAUUAUCAUGAAUCAAAAAAA